AUGGAUAAUUCCUUGCCAUGUGCAGGCAGUCUUGUGAGAAGCAGAUCUGAGGGGACACUGAUUGAUCUGGAUGAAAAAACUCUGAAUGGGGAAAAUCUGAACGAUGGAAAUGUGCCACAAAAUUCAAGGUAUGACAAGUUAAGACAAAAUCCCUUUUGGAACAAGCUGCCUGGAUCUAAUCCUUUCUUAGCUGACAUUGUACACAAUUCCGAAAGACUCACUUCCAACACAUCACACACAUUCGCAGGGACAGCAAAACAGCUAAAUACAGAAAAUGGGGACACCAUUAGCACAUCCUCAGAUGAAGGCAACAUGGAGAAGUUUCUGGAAAAGAAAAACAAAGCCAACAACAAAUCCGGGAGAUGGAAGAGUACCACAGACAUUCUGGAUAAUUUUGAGAGGAAAGUACCAAAGAGGGGUGAUAGCUUCAAACCGUCAAAGCCAGUUCUAAAUCCUGACUUUGAGUGGCUAAAAAAUGAUAGAGAAGCCUAUAAAAUGGCUUGGCUGAGCCACAGGCAGUUAACUCGCUCUUGCCUGGACCUAAAUGUGAUUAGCCAGAGUCCUGGAUGGGCUCAGACUCAGGCAACAAACUUUCAGGUCAUCUGUAAACUUGGCCAUGAUGGAGGCACAGUCUACCUGCCAGACUCAGACAUAAGUAUUCAUGUCCCAGAGGGCCAUGUCCCUUUUGGCGAAGUUCAGGAAGUAACACUGAAGGCAAUGCUGGACCCUCCACCAGGACUCAACAACAACUACACCACCACUAUAAGUCCACUUGUGGAAGUAGUCCUGAGCAACAUCAACACAAAAGGUUUAAUAUCUUUGAGGAUAAAGCUUUCUGGAGAGGUGCGGAGUGACCCAUUAAGUCAGGAACUGACCACAGUGGUCGGACUCUUGUCUUGCAAACGAGAAGGACCCUAUGAUGAAGUAAAUGACUGUGACAUUUUAAAUAACAUGAUGCACAUGCAGCUCCAACAGCUGAAGACACAUUUUUAUGUGAUAGCAGUUGCAAAGGCCUCAGCCAUCGAGUCCCCAGAAAUGUCAGUCUGGGAUUACCUCCAUCGCCAAACCACUAUUGCUGUUUAUGGCCCCAGGUACAUCCAUCCAUCUUUUAAGGUUGUAUUAGUUGUGUGCUGUCAUGAGGACGUACCACCAAAGCUUCCCUUUUCAGAUAUUUGUCGAGGAAACAAACAACUGCCUCCGCUAGUGCUACAGCUCUGGGGAACACAUCACCUUAGGAGUGACAACCUGCAAGACCUGUUUGUUACCACAAGUAUCAACGGCUCCACGUUUAAAAUAAGACAUGAAGACAAGGUGAAAGAAGUGAGGCAGAGCCAGCUCAAGAUAGGGACUGUGCUGCAUUUACCGGUGGCCUUAUCUUGCACUGUCUGCAAAGACAUGACUCCUUUUCAGUUAGACCUACAAGUAACUGAAUCAAACUCUUCAAUCAUUGCAUGUUUUCAGGUCCCUUCCCCUCCAGCCGCACCAGUUCGAUGUGAAAGGCGCAUGAUAAAUCAGACAAGUAGAAAACUAGUUGAGAUGUCAAAAACAUGCUCUAUUCCUGAGGAACGGGUACCAGAUUUCCCCAUAUUUAAGGAUGGGCCUGUAAUCCUAAAAUGGUAUGGAGUAGCAAUAAAAUCAGUUCUCCGUCAGCAACGUGUGGACUACCUAUUGGAGUACUUCAAGGGAGACACAGUAGCUCUCCUAUCAAAAGCGACUGUUAAAUCGGUGGGGAAUUCAAAGGUAAAGCAGUGGUACAUUGGAUUCCUCAGGGGCAGGACUGGUUUGGUUCAUUGCAAAAAUGUCAAGCUCAUCACAGCGGAUCAGGUGAUUGACUUCACUGGUAUUCACGUGACUACAGAGGUGCUCCUGGACAAUAUGACACUGCCCUUCAAGAAGCUUACAUACAUGUACUCGGCCAUCCAGACACUAGUUACAGAGCACGUAACUAACUGGAGAGGUUUUGCAGAUGCUUUAGGGUAUUACAAUUUGUCGCUGGACAUCAUCACUCGCAGAGUUGCUGAAACAGAAACUGAUAAGGUGGCCUGUGUGCUGGAAAAGCUGAAGGAAGACUGCCACGCUGAGAACAGUGGGAAGAAAUUCCUUCACGAACUCAUGGUUGGUCUGUUAAAGAUGGACAACAUGAAUCUUGUGACCCAACUGAUUCAGAAUACAGUAAUCCUGUCCACUGCUGUGGAGCUGGGGGGUCGAUGGCGGGAGCUCGCUGACAAAAUGGGGAAACUAACCAGUGCUCAAAUUGCUGUGUAUGAGGCACCACACAGAGAAAAGGAUGGUCAAGUUGGGCUUCAGUUAAUGUGGAAACCAGCUUACGACUUCCUGUUCACCUGGAGUCAGCGUUACGGAAACAGUUACAGAGACAUGAUUCAAGACCUCCACCUGGUCCUAGAUAAGAUGAAGAACCCUGCCACCAGACAGUGGAGACAGCUUACCGGUGCCCUUAUAACAGUCAACUGCCUCGAUAUCUACCGGGCCGCCGCAUACCCAAAGAACUAA